AAAAAGAUCUGUCCAUUAUUCCAUGGACUUAGUAGGAGGGGGAUUGGAAGGAGGAGAAGACUCCAAAGGGCACCCGAAAACGAUGAAUUCUUUGACCAUCAUAGCCUUUGGGGACUUUGAAAACUCCGAAACAGCCUUGUUUCUGGGGAUUACUCUCAUCUCUUCCCUUCCGACUUUGUUUAUUCCAUAAACAUUUUUUGUUUUUACUUGGUUCCCUCUAAGGGAUUUGUUUUCUAUCUAUUCUUCUGUUGCUCAGAGGGUUUGAACCAAUAACAAGGAAGCCACCCAGAGUAGACAGAGAUGGAUUUGAAAUAGUUGUUGAUAUUAUGAAGAAGGGCUACUUUUAAGUACACGGAUUCUUGAUUGCUCGUAAGGAAGGUGUUGGAGAUUAUUGUUCCGAAGAAGUCUCAAGUGAAGAUCCUGGUGUUUGGACACUGAGAAUCUGUGAGAAAUUGGAGGAUGUCUGGAGUGCAGGAUCACUUAGAGAUUAAGUUCCGGUUGACCGACGGCUCAGACAUUGGCCCCAAAAGCUUUCCUGCUGCUACAAGUAUUGCAACGUUGAAGGAAAGCAUCCUUGCUCAAUGGCCUAAAGAGAAAGACAAUGGCCCAAGGACAGUAAAAGAUGUCAAGUUGAUCAAUGCAGGAAAAAUUCUGGACAACAACAGAACAGUUGGGGACUGCAGAAGCCCACUGUAUGAUAUUCCCGGCGGCGUUACAACCAUGCAUGUUGUGGUUCAACCCCCACCUCCAGGAAAAGAAAAGGUAGUGUCCACCGAGCCGAAGCAGAGCAAGUGUAUUUGUGUUAUAUUAUAGAUUGCUGUUUGAAGGGCUGAGCAAACAUCACUUGCAGGUGAAGGGCUCUCCAAGGGGUAGAGAUGUUUGUUUAAAUCACUGAAUUAAUUGCUGCCUAUGAAGGGCAGUUUGGUCACAUGCACAGUUAUCAUAAAAUGUUUUUAGAGCAAGAUCAUGUGUCCAAGAAACAACUUUUGCUUUCACAUCUUCUUGGCAUAUGUUGUUUAUUGUAAGUUCCCAAACCUUCCCACAUCUGCAUUCAAGACUUCCAGAUUCUUCACUUC